AUGCCCACCCACACCCGGUCUUCGGUGCAGCCUACGGACGCAGAGACGACCGACCACAUCCAGCGAUUCUUGGCGGCGGCCGUCUCGCCCCUCAGAGCUCAGCAAGACGAUGGGACGGCGAGCCUGAUAAGCAGACAUAAGGGGCUCAAGUGUCUGGGGAAGCUGCCGCUGUACAAGGAGCUGGCGGCGGCCGUGGCGGAACGCAACGCAUGCGAGAAGCUGUACAGCAAGACCGAGGACAAACUGAAGGCCUUGGAUCGCAAGGUGCAAGAGAAGCUGGGCAACAUCGUGGCCGCCAAGCAGAAGAAGAAGACGACAUCCCGGCAGUAUUGCAACAAGCAUCGGCUGCUGUGGGAGCGCAAGGAUGAGGUCGCUGCCGCCGGAGGCCGCGAGUGCAAGCAGCUGGCGACCCAAGUCAAGCGGGGGUGCUUGGGCAUGCUGGACGCGGACGACAAGUCCUGCUGCAAGGCGUGCAAGCGGAUGAACGCGGAGAAGGACAAGAAGGUGGACGCCAAGAGGGAGGCUGCGGCGGUGGCGAGUCUUCUGCCGGGGCAGGUGGUGUGCAACUCCUGCAAGAAGGCCAAGGACGAGUCCGAGUUCGAUGCGCGCGCAUUGCAGGACGCGUCGAAGGGGGCGUACUGCAGGGGGUGCCGGGAGAAGCGCGAGAGUUCCGAGAGGAACCGUACGAUAACGGAUGCUCGAUUGAAAAGGCAGCGCGAGUACGAGAAGUCGGAUGUGAGGAUAGCCAGCAAGAGGGCGCGAAAGGAGGCGGAUCCGGAGCGUUUCGCGCAGUACUCGCGCGACUCGAGGGCGCGUCGCCGGGAGGCGGAUCCGGAGGGUUACCUCAAGAAGAUGGCGGCCGACCAGGUCCGGCAUCGCAAUCGCGACCUGAUCUUGAGUGGUCCCGAUGGGGAGAUCACCGGCACUGAUCUGAUCUCGCAGAAGGGCGCCGGCUGUUUCUUCUGCGGUGACGGAGAGGACGAGCAUCCCCUGACGGUCGGCAAGGUGGACCAGGAUGACGAUACCAACGACGCACGGAAUUUCGUACCCCUCUGCGUGACGUGCUCGCGCAUGAAGGGCAGGGUGGACGCGCUCACCUUCUUGGAGAGGUGCGUCUACAUCGACGGGAGAGCCGAGGGAACGAAGGCAAGAACCUGUCCCGUAGAGCUCUUUCCGGAUCACAGGACGGGCGGCGAUUAUGCCGGACUGCUCAGUCACGCCAAGUUGAGGAACCUUCCCGUCGAGGUCUCCAGAGAGGACGUGGAGAAGAUCUGCCGCGAGGACUGCUACAUAUGCGGCAAAAAGAAUUCGCCACCCACACCAACGGUGUCGAUCGGCUGGACUGUAACGAGGGCUAUAUCGUAG